AUGGCACCAACACUUGUCGAUUACACCGCCGCUGAAAAAGAAUUGUACGAAUUUGAUGACCUCAAAAUCGGUGUCAAAGGCCUCGUGGACGCUGGGGUGACUCACAUUCCCAGGUUCUUCAUCCACCCACCGGAGUGUCGUGGAAACAACUCAUCAGCUCCGCAGAACAAUGGCGCUGAUGGAGUUGAAAUCCCGGUCAUCGAUCUCGAAGGAUUUAAUGACAACGACGACCGGCGAGUAAAGAUGGUCAAUGCCAUUAGAUAUGCAUGCGCAACGUGGGGUUUCUUUCAGAUAGUUAACCAUGGAGUUCCAGUUGCUGUAAUGGAGGAGAUGGUGGAAAGUAUAAGAAGGUUCCAUGAGCAGCCCCAGGAGGCCAAGAUGGAGUGGUACUCACGUGACUUUAGUCGCAAGGUGAAUUAUUAUAGCAGUGGAGAUAUCAAAGGGCGUGCACAACCAGUACCAGCUGAAUGGAGGGACACUUUGUCCUGCAGAGCUGCAGAUGAUCAGUGGGAUUUUGAUGCACUUCCUGAAUUGUGCAGGCAUGAAAUGAAGGAGUAUAUGAAAAACAUGAUCGCUCUGCAGGAAAAGCUAUCUGAAUUAAUGUCAGAAGCGUUGGGACUCAGUAAAGAUCACCUGUCCAGCACCGGGUACUUGAAGUCUAUCAAGUUAUCGGGUCACUAUUACCCAGCUUGCCCUGAGCCCGAUUUGACUCUAGGCACAAUCAAACACUCGGACCCCUCCCUUCUCACCUUGGUCCUACAAGACAAGAGCAAUGGCCUCCAAGUUCUCCAUAAUGAUCAAUGGGUUGAUGUGCCCGCGGUGGACGGAGCUUUUGUGGCGAACAUCGGUGACUUUAUGCAGUUGCUUAGUAAUGACAAGUUCAUGAGUGUGGAGCACAGAGUACUGGCUACCCCGCUUGGCAGGCCAAGAAUAUCAGCUGUAUCUUUUUUCCUUCCCUGUGCUAAGGACAUACUUAAGCCAUGUGGACCAAUCAAGGAGCUUUUGUCUGAUAACAGUCCCCCCAUAUACAGGAUCACCUCUUAUGCUGAGUUUAUGAGCCAUUACAGGGUUGUUGGGCAAAUUGGCGGUCGUGCUUUGCCUCACUUUAAACUGUAG